AUGUCAUCUACAAAUAAAAGAAUUGCAUUGCCAGCUAGAGUUGAGCCAAAGGUUUUCUUUGCUAAUGAAAGAACAUUUCUUUCUUGGUUGAACUUUACCAUUAUUCUAGGUUCCUUGGGUGUUGGUUUAUUGAAUUUUGGGGAUUCUGUUGGUAGAAUUUCUGCUGGAUUAUUCACUUUCAUUGCCAUGUUAACCAUGGUUUAUGCAUUAGUUACUUAUCACUGGAGAGCCAAGGCAAUUAGAUUAAGAGGUUCUGGACCAUACGAUGACAGAUUUGGACCAACUAUGUUGUGUUUCUUCUUGUUGGUUGCUGUUGUCGUCAACUUUAUUUUAAGAAUAAGAGCUUAA